GGCAGAGUGUCCUUUUCUUCCACACGUGUGUUCUGAAGGGGUUGUGUGGAGUGCGUUCCUAGUACAGCUGUACUGCAGUACGGAUUUUUGUCAUCAUAUUUUCGGCGUUCGGUGAAACGGGAAAGAAUGCUGAAGUGUUUCAGUCGCGCAUUGUAUGCUGCGGGCCGGCUCACAUCCAAAACAGCCCCAAUUUCGUCAACGUGCCGGGGACUGGAACAACUCCGGCCAGCCCUCAUCGCACCUUGCCCGCCUGCAGUAUGGCCUUUCACACGCACAAUCUGGAUGCUGUGUAGCAGCGGCUCCACGGCUGGUCCCAGACAGGGACUGCUUGGCUCAACACGGGGGACUCCACAUUUAUCGUGCGGCUGCGGUGGAUUACACACGGAAGGAGACAAAGCCUUUGCAGAAUUCCUGUCUGACGAGAUUAAAGAGGAGCGCAAGAUCCAAAAGCAUAAAUCCCUUCCCAAGAUGUCAGGUGGCUGGGAGCUGGAACUGAAUGGGACAGAAGCCAAGAUUGUACGACACGUUGGAGGAGAAAAAAUUUCGGUUUCAUUUAAUAUCAACAACAGCAUUCCGCCAUCAUUUGACGAAGAGGAAACCCAAGACAGUCAGAAGAAUCCUGACAAUGAGCCUGAAAUUGUUUCAACUCCCAACUUUGUGGUAGAGGUAACAAAGCAGGCCACAAAUCAGUCUUUGGUUUUUGAUUGUCAUUUCCCUGAAGAUGAGGUUGGCCAUGGUGAGGAAGAAGAGGAGAGUGAUAUUUUUACCAUUAGAGAGGUCAGCUUUCAGCCUACUGGAGAAUCUGACUGGAAGGAAACCAGCUACACACUGACCACUGAUUCACUUGACUGGGCUUUGUAUGAUCACCUUAUGGAUUUCCUAGCUGACCGAGGAGUUGACAACACUUUUGCAGAUGAACUGGUAGAACUGAGCACAGCUCUGGAGCACCAGGAGUAUAUCAAGUUCCUGGAAGAGUUGAACAGAUUUGUCAAGUGUAACUAACUCCAAGUAAUAUAGUCCUUCUCAAGCAAUUUACCAUUGUUUUCUCCAUUUAACCAAGCAGAACUGAAAAUUAGCACUGUAUGCUAAGGAACCAGAACUGCUUAUUGCCUAAAUGUUUAAUUUGUAAAAUGGCUCAAAGCCCGAUCUUGUUCCUAACUGUGAGGAAAUCAUUCAGGACUUUGUUUUGUGUUUCCUGGAGUUCUGACAAUUUGACUGUCAAUUUCUGGGGGUUAGGGUUUAUUAAAUUUUUUUUGUUUGUAUUUAAAUACAGUAUUUAAAAUGUAAGGUAUACUUUGUAGGCCAUUUGUAAAAUCCUAACUCUUUCUGGAAAGACAUGACAUGGGCUAUUGGUACUAUUUCCUGCUCUUCAGUGCAAGCAGAUUUAAGCAAUGAUAUCACCACACUUGCUCUCUAAACAGAGUAGUGUCAGUUCUGCUUAAAGAUUUUGUACUGGGGGAUAAAUGAUUGGAUUGUAACUUCUGAAUAAAUUGAUCUUGUAUUCCAGGUGAACAUCUGCUAUUCUAUUCGAUCAACAGUGGAUUUAAUAAUAAAAUCUGUCUUGUGAAAAA